AUGGAACCAAAAUAUUAUAAACAGUAUUUUAUGAAGCCUUUUAAUUUUACAAACUUGGACAAUGUAUUAACAAAUAAAUAUUACGAAAAGGUAGAUCCAUUGGAAUAUAAUAUAGUUUUAAAUCAAAUGGGAAGAGCUCACUCACAAGAUAUGUCAAAAGGAGAUUGCUUUACAUUCGAUAGCUGUAAUUAUACAUCAUUUUAUUCAAGAAUUGAACAUUGGAAGUGUGAUGAAAAUACUCAAGAGCAUAUUUAUAAAACCUCAAGUUCAAACAAUGCAUUCAAAGCAGUAAAUAGAUUAGUUUGUAGAAGUAGUCAAAAUUGCUUAAAUGAUGAUGACCCUGAUGUUGGUGAUUUUAGGGAUAGAAUAAUGGGUAAACAAAUAUUUUAUUCAGGAACAGGAAUAGUGUAUAACACUACUUUGAAAACCUGGUUUUAUACAAUGGACUUUACUCAAGGAUCAUGUUCACCCCAAUCAAAAGAUGAUAAAUCAAUUAUAUCAGCAUCUCAUACAUUUAAAUAUGAGAAUGAUAAAGAAGUUUUAUUUUUGGCCAAUUUCUUCAACUCAAACGAAACUAUUCAAUCAUUUAGAAUUUAUUUAAAUCAGAUGAAUUAUAAAAUGAAUAUUUUAUAUUCAAGUGAUAGUUCUAAAACAUCAAAUGGUGUAUACUCUUACAACACAAGAAUAUUUAGCCCAUGUGACUACUAUUAUUUUAAAGUAAUUACAAAUAGUGGAAAACAAAUCAGAUACCCAACAACUGGUUAUUUAAGAAUUGUUGAUAAUCAAGAAAAAUUGUUAUGGAAUUCAAAUAAUAAUCAAGGAAAAUUAAAAGCUAAUGCUUUAAAUUAA